UGGCACUCCAAAAAAGCAGUAUAACUUGAACUGAGACGGCAUUCGGUUAGAUCAUCCGUUCUUUCAACUAAAUUCGAGUUUUUUGAGAGAAAUAGUUAUAAAUCGGGAAAGGUAUGGCCCACAUGGAGUACAAUCGUCGCGAUGCCCAGGCAGAAGGAUUGGAACUUGGUGGUGGUGGCGAUGCGGACAACAGUGCACGGAUGCGACGCACCACCGCACCACCGAUGUCGGCGGUGCAGCCGCUGCUGAUGGAGCCACCACUGCCAGCUGCCCGUGCCAUGAGAUCAUCCAACCAGCAGCAGCAGCAGGCAGUUGCUCGGGAUGCGUUGGCCAGUCCAGAGGAAAGAUGUGUGAGAUCGGAGUUGGUUCCAUGCAGACAAGUGCCAGUCCAUGGACGACCCAAUCAGCUGGUGCGCUUCUGCCUGCGGGUGGGCUACAAUGCGCUGCUGUAUCCGUACGAGAUGGCCAAGGUGCUCAUCCAACUGGGCCAUGAGCCGCUCCAGGCGCGACCCUUUCAACUGCGGCUGUUCCAGCGGCGGCCACGCCUCUUUCUGCCCAGUGUCCAUCGGUAUGUGCAGCACAUCCAGCAAAUGGAUGGCUUCACUGGCAUAUAUCGUGGACUGACCGCUCGCCUGGCCGCCAGCAUAGUGGACUAUUUACUGGGUGACCUACUGCUGGCUGUCCUGCACUUUGCCCCCUACAAGCGAGGACCCAGACAGGGAUUGGGCCUCAAGGAGCUGUGCUGGAAUCUCACGAGGGACAGCGUGCGUCUGGCCACCGCAGUGGCCAUAUCGCAUCCCUUUUACGUGGUCAUGGUGCGUCAGAUAGCCCAGUUCGUUGGUCGCGAACGCGUCUACGAGGGACUCCUUGGCAGCCUGAUGGCGGUGGCCCAACAGCAGGGCUGUGCUGGACUCUUUGCGGGCAUGGUGCCACGCCUACUGGGCGAGUGGAGCGUCCUGGUGGUGACGAGCGCCCUGAGUCACCUUUGCCGUCGUCUCCUGCCGAUGAGCCACACCCAGCAGCAGUACAAUGCCGUCGUCAUCCAGAUGCUGGCCAGCCUGGUGGUGUAUCCAUUGGAGGUCACAUCCGCCUGCAUGGCUGGUGCCGGAGCACCACUGGCCGCCUGUGAGCCGCCAAACAUGCCGCUCUACAACCACUGGGUCGACUGCCUCACGGAUCUCUAUGCCCGCGGUGGCCAAAACCGUGGAGCCGUGCUCUUCUGGCGCUCAGUGCCCAGGAUCCAGUUGCUGCGCCACAAGGAUGCACUCACUGCCAGGACGGGUUAGGUGAAUGUGGAGGAGAAACUGUAAAUAGGUGGGAAAUGAGGAGUUCAGAGAUGAGGAAGAAUCAAGCAAAGUGGAGAGUUCAAGGCGAAGAAUCGAAUGUUGGAGCGGCGAAGAAUAGAUGAUGAUAUGCAAGUAAAUAGAAUGAGUUAUGAAGAAAAGAUACAUGGAAGACACUGAAGGAUGGAAACUACAGGAUAAAAGGAUACUUUUGGAACUACAGGAUAAAGGAUACUUUUGGAUGGUGAAGAAAAUUAAAAGUUAAUCAAAUUAGCAGGGAAGCAUGUGGAGUUGGAAGAAUUGCAAAGAAUUUUGUUUGAAGAACAUUUAGUAUGCAAAGCAUAGUACAGAAGAGUCACGGAACUGGAAGAUUGUGGAUAUGUGGAUAGCGGAAGAAGUAAAGGCGAUCAUAGUGUAAUAAUCAUGGGCUUGAAGUAAUAAUAAAUGUAGUUUUAAGCCGUUGCACGUUUGCAA